AUGAUGGCCGCUUGUGGCCCUGAGACCGACCGCGCGGCACGGCGAUGCCGCGAAGACCACCAGAGAUCGCGAGCGAGGUUGACCGUGAGACGAGGCUUGAUGGGAACGCUGUUCGGGGUGUGCGCGGCGAUCGUGGUGAGCGGGCCGGUGUGCGGCGUGGCGUCGGCGCAGCCCGGGUCCGGGGGGGGCAUCUCGACGCUCAGCCAGGCGCAGACGCUCAGCGCGUCGCAGAAGGACCGGGCGGUUGAGUGGAUGAACGGCCAUUUCGACGCGAUGCUCUCUGGUGACGCGUCGGCGUCGGGCUCGUCGGCGCAGGCGUUGAUCGAGCCGUUCACGCGUCGCGACGAGGUGACGGCGUCGUUCCGGCUGGCGCUGCAGGACGCGCUGGUGGCGCGGAUGCGGGGCGACCUCUCGGCGGGCGCGGACCCGGCGGCGCGGUUCGCGGGCCUGCGCAUGUGCGGGCGUCUGGGGAUGGGCAAGGUGCUGCCGUUUUUGGAAGCGUCGUUGGCGAGCUCGGACCCGGUGGAGCGUUCGCUGGGCGUCGCGGCGCACGCGGACUUCUUCGCGACGGUGCGCGAGACGUCCUCGCCCGUGCGCGAGUCGGCGGUGGCGGCGCACCUGGACGCGCUGGGCGCGGCGCUGGCGGACGAGGACGCGGCGACGGUGGUCACGGAAUUCGUCGUGGUGCUCGCGGGGGCGGACGAGGGCGGGACGCAGCUGCGGCUGGACGCGGCGCGGGCGAUGGCGGCGGGCCUCGCGGCCAACCUGGAUCGCCGGACGCCGGACGAGAUGAUCGACACGUGGGCGGUGGCGCUCUCGCACGCGCUGGAGAGCGUGAACGAGGCGGCGCUGGCGGGUGAUUACAACGAGGACGUCGAGGUGGACCGGGCGUUCCGCGACGCGGUGGUGGGCCUGUGCGAGGCGGCGAUCGGCUUCGCCGCGGAUCGGCCGUCGGGCGUGAGCGCGUCGACCGGCGUGCUGCUGGACGACCUGUCGCGCCGCGCGAGCGCGGUGCAGCUGCGCGUGGGCGUGAAGAAACUGGCGGCCAUCGUGCUCGUGUUCGCGCUGGGGAUGGCGGGCGUGGUGGUCUCGGACCGGCCGCUUCCCCGGGCGGAGCUGACGGUCCUGGAGAUCGCGGAUUUCAACACGCUCGAUCCGCAGCGGAUGAGUUAUCUGCAGGAUUUCCGCCUGGCGUACGGGAUCUUCGAGGGGCUGGCGCGGUGGGACAACGACACGAUGGACGUCGGCCCGGCGCUCGCGCAUUCGUGGGACGUGUCGGGCGACGGGACGGAGUACACGUUUUAUCUCGUGGACGACGCGCGGUGGUCGAACGGGGCUCCGGUGACGGCGGGCGACGUCGCGUACGCCUGGCAGCGGGCGAUCAUGCCGGACACGGCGGCUGAUUAUUCGAACCUGUUCUACCUGAUCGAGGGGGCGGAGGGCUUCUUCGCGUGGCGUCGGGACCAGCUCGAUGCGUACGCGUCGCGCCCCGCUGAGGAGAAGAGCGUGAAGGCUGCCGAGGCGUUGCGCGCGGAGGCGGACGAGGCGUUCCGCGCCAUGGUGGGCGUGGAGGUGGUGGACGACGCGACGCUGCGCGUGCGGCUGGUGCGCCCGGCGCCGUACUUCAUGGAUUUCAUCGCCUUCCCCCCCUUCUACCCGGUGCACGAGGCGACGGUGGAGCGGUACGUGAGCGUCGACGCGCGGACGGGGGCGGUGCGUCAGGACCACCAGUGGACGAAGCCGGGGCGGAUCGUGUGCAACGGGCCGUACGUGCCGGUGUCGUGGAAGUUCAAGCGGGAGAUGCGCCUGGCGAGGAACCCGGAGUACCGGGACCCGGCGCUGGCGAAGAGCGGGACGAUCUCGAUCAUCCCGAUCACGGAGGGGAACACGGGGGUGAUCGCGUACGAGACGGGCGUGGUGGACUGGCACUCGGACGUGUCGGUGGAUUACCUGCCGGAGAUGAUCGAGCGGAUGCGCGCGGGCGAGCGGGACGACCUGCACGUGGUGCCGGCGUUCGGCACGUUCUUCUGGAGCUUCAACUGCACGGGGACGCUCUCGAACGGUGCGGCGAACCCGUUCGCGGACGCGCGGGUGCGCAAAGCGUUCGCGCUGUGCGUGAACAAGGGGGACCUGACGGAGAAGGUGAAGCGCACGGGGGAGGAGGUCGCGGACGUGCUGAUCCCGCCGGGGUCGAUCCCGGGGUACGCGGGGCCCGACGGGCUCGCGAUGGACGUCGAGGCGGCGCGCCGGCUGAUGCGCGAGGCGGGGUGGGUGGAUCGGGACGGGGACGGCGUGCCGGAGGACGCGGGCGGGCGGGCGUUCCCGGUGGUGGAGAUCCUGGUGACGACGCUCUCGUACCACGAGGACGUGGGGCUCGCGGUGGCGGGCAUGUGGCGGGAGGCGCUGGGUGUGGAGUCGAAGGUGGUGGUGCGCGAGACGAAGGUGUACCGCGACAACCUCAAGCGGCGGGACUACAUGGUGGCGCGCGGGGGGUGGUACGGGGACUACGGGGACCCGCUCACGUUCCUGGACCUGCACCGGACGGGUGACGGGAACAACGACCGGGGGUACUCGAACCCGGCGUACGACGCGCUGCUCGAUCGCGCGGACGCGGAGCGGGACCCCGCGGCGCGGAUGGAGAUCCUGCGCGAGGCGGAGCGGAUGAUCGUGGAGGAGGAGCUGCCGAUCGUGCCGUUCUGGCACUACAACUACGUGUACCUCUUCGACCCCCCGGAACGGUCGGACGGGUCGCCGAACCCGGGGGGGCUGCGCGGGAUCACGCGCCACCCGCGUCUCGUGCAGUACCUCUUCGAGCUUGAGAUCGUGAAGGGCGGGCUGCCGGUGAUUCUGCUGGCGAUCUACACGAUCACGUUCGUGCUCGCGUGGGCGUUGCCGGGCAGCGCGGUGAUCAACGACGAGGGCCGCCAGCCCCCCGCGGCGGUGCUCGAGGCGAUGGAGGCGCAGUACGACCUGGACGACCCGGUGCGGUUCUACUUCGGGUACCUGAAGAAGGCGACGGGGGUUCAGUGGCUGCACUCGAAGAUCGACGCGGACGUGCGCGCGCCGGCGUACGUGUUCGAUUUCGGGCCGUCGUUCAGCUACGAGGACUGGACGGUGAACGAGCUGCUCGCGAGCACGCUGCCGGUGAGCGUGACGCUGGGGUUCGGGGCGAUCCUGAUCGCGGUGUUCAUCGGCGUGGGGAGCGGGGUGAUCGGGGCGGUGCGGCCGAACUCCCUCGCGGACCACGCGACGCUCGGGGUGGCGCUGAUCGGGAUCUCGCUGCCGAGCUUCGUGACGGGGACGGUGCUGCUGAUGGUGUUCCCGGUGCUGCUCGGGAUCGGGCGGGUGGGCUCGUGGGGUCGGCCCGGGGAUUUCGUGCUCCCGGCGCUGACGCUCAGCCUGCCCUUCGCGGCGUACAUCGCGCGGCUGACGCGUCUCGGGAUGAUCGAGCACGCGCUGAAGAACGCGUUUUUGCCGGUGCUGUCGUACCUCGGGCCGGCGACGGCUUAUGCGAUGACGGGGUCGUUCGUUGUGGAGCUGGUGUUCAACGUUCCCGGCGUGGGUCAGCACUUCGUGAACGCGGUGCAGAACAAGGACCUGUUCGUGAUCAUGGGGGUGACGCUGGUGUUCGCGGGGAUGCUUGUCGUGUUCAACCUUGUGGUUGAUGUGUUGUAUUCGUGGGUGGAUCCGCGGAUUGAGGCGGGCGGGUAG